CUCCUGUCAUCUCUCAUUGAUCAUGAGUUGCGACUGCGGAUUAUUUUUCGUCGAGACCUUGUUACGCGUCGUCAUGGCAGGGAGCAAUGGCCAAGUCAAUUCAGAUGUCUGUACGGCCAGGUUAUAAGGAACAUGAACAAUACCCACGCCAAUUCAAAUCCGUGCAUCACAGCCUCCUUUGAUGAACGAGGUUGCUGUGAAACGCCGCACUGACCAAGGAACCACGGGCUUUUAGUUUUUCUUGCUUGAACCAUUAUCAUGAUUAUACUCAAUCAGGAAGCCGGCACCGAUAAAAGUCUUCCUCCACCUCCCCCAGAGUCGAAGGAAGAAGAAGCUGCAAGGGCGCGGAAGGCUGAAAGAGAACGGACAACGCUGAGAAGAGGGCAGUCGAGUCGAUCCUAUAUGGAACCGCCACCGCCCUCGUAUGAAGCGGUCGAAAGCGUAGCACUUGAAUCUCAGUCAGCCUUCACACCCACUUCAUCCAGUUUUGCUCGACCAUCCCCUUCGCGAUCUCCACCAUCUCCUGGUCCUCAAUUUCCGCAAUUCGGAACAUCUAGUCACGGACUGCCUCUUCCACCUGCUCGUAGGACGCUCGCACAUUCUUCAUCAUACUCCAACUUGCGACCUCAUCUGAAUGCCAAUCGUUCGGGUACAUCCCUCAACCGCCCUUCAUCAGCAUAUCUUAGCACACCUACGCUGGUCCCUCGUUCUCUUGAUUUCUUUCCGACCGUUUCGCCUAUCCCUCUGGCUUCCUAUUCUACUACAACGCUCAGCACUGUCCCCUAUGCUUCCACGCUAUCUGUGAACACCAUUUCACCUGACAUUCCGACUACCACUUCUUCAUCACCUUCCAAUUCGCCACCAAUACCGGUUCCGACAUUCACACCGUCAGCCAAAAAGUCGUUCUUUUCUACGCAAGCCGGAAAUAAAAAACGUAACGCAAAGGAAGCGAAAUUAUUCGUUCUAUCCCAGAUCACCACACUCCUUCAGAACCAGACUACACCGCAAUACAAUGUUGAUGCUCAUAAAAGCAUACUCAGGAGUUGCGCUGACGCGUGUUCGACGCACAAAUUGUACUUGCCAGCUAUCCUUCAAGAAAAGUUUGUUGAAGAUCAUACACCGUUUUAUUGGUCGAUCGUUCAAAGACCGUUUUCAACUUCGUCGAAGAUACCUGAUCUCUUACAGGCGUUGUUGAUAUUCGGUUCUCCGUUGGCAGAAGAGACGAGAAUGGAUGUGGGAAGGGCGUGUUUGAUGGUUAACGACCCCAAGUUGCACCAGGCAUUGAGGGUGAACAGGUAUUUCAUGGGUUCAGGAACUGCGGAGGGUGCAUUAAGUCCGCAGCCUAUAUAUAAGGAUCGGGUAGUCAUCGAAGAUAAAGGUGGUGGCACAAGCGGAGGUAACGGAGAAUUUGCUGCUACGUUGGAGAUAGAAAAAUACAAGGAAAGGCCGGUGAUCCAUGUCGAGUUUAUCGCACAACGUCGAUUAUGGCGUCUCUCCAUCCGUAAACCUUCAAAUACGAAAAAAUGGAAGCUCGCGAUAUCUCUACUAGAACAAAGUCCGGCUACAUAUGUUGAUUCCCGGUUCAUCCUGCAGUCUGUGAACGAACCACCUGCACCCUCACGUUCGAAUUCGUUUCCGUCAGGUCCACCACAACCAGUAUCACCCUCGCGGACCGUUUCAGACGUGGACGACGCCAUGUCAGUUUCUACAGGUUCAGGUUCAGGUUCAGGUUCGAGUUCGUCUGGGUCUACCAUGGUACCGCCUUCAUACGGAUACGGUGUGCCGAGUGCAUUUGUUGCUGCUGCUUAUUCGGGUUAUUCGCCUGAAAAAAUAGAGAUGGCGCAGAACCACCACCAACGUUCGAGGUCCAUGGCGUCCCCGAGUAUGAACGCGUUGUCGUUUUAUCCAGAUGUUGUGAAGGGGAGUACGAGUGCGAUUAGAGAUAGGCAGGAGAGCUUCCAUUCUCUUCCGAAUGUCAGUCCUCGGAAGGCGUCGACGUCGACGUUAAUGUCGUCUUCGAACUGGAGUGUGGAUGACGAAAAUCUUCGUAAUGGGAGUGGGAGUGGGAGUGGUGGUGACGGGCCUGAAGGCGAAGGAGAUGAGUUCUUGAUUUCUACGCACGAUUUACCACCUCUUCCUGCGAACUCGGUCUUGAAGGAAGUGAGAUUGAAGUCGAAUUCCAUGAUCUCGCCGGGAAAGAAGGAGAUUGAGGUUGAGGUUGAGAUCGAUACUGGUAUUGAUAAAAGUCAGGACGGGAGAGAAAAGACUAUGAGAGCGCGGUUUGAGGCGAGGUUGGCGAAACCAGAGAGUGAGUGCGUGAUUUGUUGAUACGUUAUGUCCGCGUUCGUUGGGAUACUUGUGUUUAUGACUUAACAUAUUUUGUAUCUUCAUGGACCUGCAUUCACGGACACGCUACAUAAGCAUCCCGUCAUCUACUUG